AUGCAUUCCCCAACCUCUACUACAACCCAGCGCAGCCUAGCUGCCAAUCUCCAUGGCAAGACAGCUAUCGUCACUGGAUCUUCCAGAGGCAUCGGUGCUGGCAUCGCCCUGGAGCUGGGUCGUCGCGGGGCGGCGGUGAUCAUCACAUAUACAUCCGAGCGGUCUAAAGCUGCAGCGCAGAGUGUUGUGGAAGCUAUCGUGAAGGCCUCCUCUGGUGGUCAGGGUGUCUUGGUGCAGGCGAACAUUACUUCUGCUACUGAUCGCCAAACUCUCAUUGAUACUGCAGUGCAAGCGAGUCCGACGGGUCACAUCGAUAUGCUGGUCCAUAAUGCGGCGGAUGGGGAAGACAGUUCGCUCGAGGAUGUGACUGAGGAGUUGUUUGAACGAUUGAUGGCAGUUAACCUAAAGGCUCCGUUGUUCCUUACCCAGUCUGCGGUGCCAUAUAUGCCCCGUGGUGGACGCAUCAUUCUCAUCACCUCGGCUGCGGCUCGCAUGGGCGUCGCCCAGACCAGCGUCUAUGCUGCCAGUAAGGCUGGUAUGGAGGCGCUGGUACGCGUCUGGGCUACGGAACUGGGCCAGACUCAUGGUAUCACGGUUAACGCGGUCAGUCCGGGACCCAUCGCGACGGAGCAAUUUCAGAACAGUGCUCCUGAGUUCAAAGAGGCUAUGCAGUCCAUGAUUCAGGCUACUCCCGCCGAGGCCCGUAUGGGAGAGGUGGAGGAUAUUGUCUCGUUGGUCAGCUUUCUGUGUUCCGAGGAAAGUCGGUGGAUGACAGGGUGUACUCUUAGUGGUACAGGUGGAAUGCUAUUGUUGUGA